GGAAGACGAAAAAAAAGAUCCUCCAGGGCCUUGAAAUAGCAUCUCGCUCUCAACACGCUCAUCAGUUCGCUGGCGUCACACCACAGACUGUGUAGUUUCGCGGCUCCUACUGAGUAAGUUCUCGACAGAAUGGCUGAUGGAGAUUUCGGUGAUGCUCUGCAGACGGUGUCUCGAGCGAAUGACCUCUUCACAUCUGACAUGUACAGGGAGUUGGCCGGUGGGCAAGGUAACUUGUUCUUCUCACCUUGGAGCAUACAAGUAAUUCUGGCGCUUGCGUUUCUCGGAUCUGGCGGACGGACAGCCCAGCAGAUGGCGAGAGGUCUGCGUCUACCUGAAGACAAAAAUGCCACUGAAGAAGGUUUCAGUGAAAUACUGAAGCAGCUGAAGGAAUCCGACGAUGUUAUCCUUAGAGUAGCCAACAGGAUAUUUGUGAAGCAGAAUUUUACCGUUAAAGAGCGGUUCAAGCAGUCCGCGAAAACAUUCAUGGCUGGAGCAGAAGAAAUGGAUUUUAAGGACCGAGGAGCGGCUGGAGCAAUAAAUUCUUGGGUAGCAGGCAUAACAAAUGGAAGAAUAAAAGAAGUAAUUGGAAAAGGUGCUCUCGGUGAACGCACUCGUAUGGUACUGGUCAAUGCGGUUUACUUCAAGGGCAACUGGAGCGUACAGUUCAACAAAUAUUUCACGGAGCCCCAGCCUUUCCAUCCACCAUCACAACCAACUAAAGAUGUCGACACCAUGUUCGUCAAGAAUCUAUAUAAGUAUGCAGAGAUAAAUGAGCUUAGUUCUCAGGUCAUCCUGCUUCCGUACAAGGGUAACAGAAUAAGUAUGCUGAUAAUUUUACCCAGAGAAUUAAAUGGCCUACCUGACGUCGAGAAGAAUCUAACGAAUGUAUCUCUUCAAGAAAUAAUUUUCAGAAUGUACAAGGCCGAGGUACAUGUAUAUUUACCUAAAUUCAAAAUGGAGUACGAAGCAGGACUUACAGGAGCACUCAAGAAACUGGGAAUGAUUGAUAUGUUCGAUGAUGACGACGCCGAUUUUUCUGGAAUUAGCAAGAAACGACUUAAAGUGGAUGAUGUGUUCCACAAAGCUUUCAUCGAGGUUAACGAAGAGGGCACAGAGGCUGCUGCAGCAACUGGUGUUCAUAUUAUCCCAGCGCCAAGUGUAAUUACGACGCCUCCACCACCGAUCUUUUUCAAGGCAGACCAUCCUUUUCUCUUCUACAUACUGGAUCAAAAGACGAGAGCGGUGCUCUUUGCUGGACGCAUCACCGAUCCCUCACAUUAAGAAGCCUACUGUUGUUCAGUGUGAACACAUUGUUUGCUGGUACCACGUCAGUUCUCUGCAAUUCACCGAUAUUUCCUGGUGACUGUAAUCGAUGCGGUCUAUCAGUUUAUCGUGCAUUUAUGUAACCUUGCACUCUAUUCAGUUUAGCGUUGUUUCGAACCUCUAAAUAAAGGAAAAUGAUUAAUACACA